AUGGCUUAUAGGUCUACUCCUCAUUCAGGAAGCGGUGAAACUCCAGUUAAAUUAAUGUUUGGCAGAGAAAUUCGAACAAAGUUGCCGGAAAUUGAUUUGGAAAGUGGUAAUUGCAAGUCGAAAGAUAAUGUUCACUUCAAAUACAAAACUUAUCAGGCACGUAUGAAAAAAUAUCAUGAUAGGAAAUGGCAUGUAUCCGAGCAUAAGUUCAAAGUAGGAGAUAAGGUGUUCAUAGUAAAUCGAGCACAAGGUAAACUUGAAUCGAAGUUCUCGGAUAUCCCAUAUGCUAUUAAGGAGCGGGUAGGAAAAGAUUCGUUUAAGGUAGUAAAUAUUUCAAAUGGCAAAGUGUAUGUUCGUAAUCAAAAGCAUUUAAAGCACAUUUCAGAAAAUAAGGAAAAUAAAUAUAAAAUUGAUGAUAGGGAUAGCACAUAUGUAGAGUUUGAUAUUGAUGAUUCUGUAAAUGAUAGUGAGCUUGUUCCCGAAGAAAAUAGUUCUAGUGAUGUCGUAAUUAAAGGGAAAAUUAGUAAAAAAAUUGUUAAAAAUAUUCCUAGUUUAGAAAAUGAACAACAAGAAAAGAACGAUAAACGGGUAACGACCAGAUCAGGUCGUACUGUAAAGCCUAAUAAAAAAAAUGAUUUCCUAUAUUAUACAUGUAAAUAG